AUGGAAACCUUCCAUUGUUACUCAUUUACUUUACACUCCUCGAAAUCAAAGAAAGCCAUUUGGGAUUGUGCCGGGGACCGGGCCCCGGACCCAGAUGGUUUUAAUUUCAGCUUUGUCAAACGAUGUUGUGCAGCCCUAAUCCUGAAGGCUAAAGACCCGGUUCAUCUGUCUGAUUUCCGACCAAUUAGCUUAAUUGGGGUGAUUAAUAAGGUGAUAUCAAAAGUGUUGGCUAAUCGUUUGAAAGGUUUAAUCGGGAAACUUAUCUCUGAAGAACAAUCGGCAUUCUUGGCUGGAAGGAGUAUAAGCGACGAUCCGCUAAUUUUAAACGAGCUCAUGGGAUGGAUAAAAAACGCUAAAAGGAAGGAGGUGGAGGAGUUGGAUUAUGGCAACCUUGUGUUUGGAGAGGGCAUCCGUCUUAGUGAAUGGGUUGCCUACAUUGGAGUUGAGUGUACUCGUGGUCUCCGCCAAGGUGAUCCGCUAUCUCCUUUCCUCUUUGUUAUAGCUAUGGAAGCUCUCAUGGGGAUCAUGAAAAGGGUCGUAUCUAUUGGUCUUUUUAAUGGCCUCCGCUGCAGUAAUGAUGGGCUGUACCUCUCUCAUUUUACUUAUGCCGACGAUGUCAUGUUUAUUGGUGAAUGGGCUGUGUCAAAUGUGGUCAACCUGAGAAGAAUUCUUCGAUGUUUGUAUUUAACUUCUCUUAAAGUAAAUCUUGCUAAAUGUAGUGUAUAUGGAAUUGGGGUGAGUGACAAUGAGGUCCAAAACAUGACGGGUUUACUUGGGUGUAAGAAAGGGUCAUUUCCGCUUAAACACCUAGGUUUACUCGUUGGGGUGAACAUGAAUCUCGUCAAAAACUGGAAACUGGUGAUGGACAUUUUCAGAAGUAGGCUAUCUCUUUGGAAGGUCUUGGAAGAUCUUGAAAGAUGUCGGAGGGUUUUCUUUUGGUGUGGAUCGGAAGAAAAUGCUAAGAUGAACUGGGUCGCUUGGGAUAUGACGAUCGCUCUGGUGGAGUAUGGUGGGUUGGGGUUUGGGUCUCUUAAAGAUGCCAACUUAGCAAUGCUUGCUAGGUGGUGGUGGCAUUUUAAAUCGGAAAGAGGUGGUUUAUGGAGAAGAGUUAUAUGGGCAAUCCACCAUAACUCUAGAUCAUGGACCAUCAUCCUUGCAAAAGUCAUAGUGACUGGGCCAUGGAAACAAAUUAUAAGUGUUCAAAAUCAAUUAUGA